UGCUAAUGGUGAUAACCCCUUCAUACCGUUCAAUGUUGUACAUAAUGAUGUUCAUGAUUGGCAUUCUGGUUUUCAUUCCUCACUUAUGUGGUGUCCUACUUACCGAUCCAUACACCAAAUAUUCCCAACUCAAUCUUCCUCCUGGUGUGAAAGGGGAUUCAGUCUCACUGGAUCCACUUAACCAAGGUCCCUAUGUAGGCGUUAGUGAUGGCAGAAUUCUCAAAUACAACGGAACCGAUUUUGUGGAUUUCGCUUACCUUUCUCCAAAUAGGUCCAAGCAACUAUGUGACGGUACAACAGAUAUAAGUUUGAGCACAACAUGUGGAAGGCCAUUAGGGUUCAGUUUUGAUCCUUUAACGGGAUACCUUUAUAUUGUGGGUGCGUAUGGUGGCUUUUACAGAGUAAGCCCACAAGGUGGACUUGCUACGAAAUUUGCAACUGAUGUAAAUGGUGUCCCGUUUCAUUUUCUCAAUGGCAUUGACUUCGAUCCAAUCAAAAGAGUUGUUUAUUUCACAGAUACCAGUUUGGUAUUUAGCUUCACGGAUGUUCUUCUAGGAAACCCUCUCAAUCCAGAAGAUUCAACCGGAAGAUUGAUCGAAUAUAAUACUAUAACGGGAAAACUAAGAGUAUUAAUAGACCAACUUCCUCUUCCAACAGGCCCGGCAGCAAGUGGAGAUGGUACAUUUAUAUUAUAUGGUUCUACUACUGGGAAGAUUUUCAAGUACACUCUUCCUCUCAUAGGUUCAUUGGCCGGAAAACCCCAAGCUUUGUUGAAUUUAACAGGUUAUCCUCUCAAAAUAAAGAGAGCCGCCGAAUUGGGAUGUUUUUGGGUUCCAGUAAACGAGUUGGUUCAACUACGACCUCGUUUGGUCCAUCCAUUUGGUUACAAGUUCAAUUCAACUGGCGGCGUAAUUUUGAUAAAAAAUUUCACUGCCGAGUAUUUCCAAUCUCAAGUAAAUGUUGUGCAAGAGUAUGGCAGUUUCCUUGGACUUGGAGGGAAAACAUUGUACGUUGGCUCAAUUAUGGAUUCUUACGUUGGUGUCUAUGGAACACAGUGA